AUGGCCUCCGAUUCCAAACAAAGUAAGUAUUUAACAGUUUAUUUACAUUAUAAUGGUUUAUUCGCACCAAAACCAUUAGUGUACUUGAACGCUGUUGUUUCAAUCUGUGAUGUCGAUUUUGGUGCAAUGGAUUUCAAAGACUUUAACUUGUUCAUUGCAAAGUUGAUUGAAGGUAGUUGUGAUAAUGUAUAUUAUUGCACUAGAAAUGAACCAUUGGCAGAGGGUAUUAGGAGAAUUACGAAUGAUGCUGACUACUUUGAGUUUAUUGAAACGGGUUAUAGUGAUGAAGCCGGUCUAAGAAUGAAUGUGUAUAUAGACCACGAAAAUGAACCUGUACUUGAUUGGGCUAAUGAUGAAGGGCAUUAUUUCGACGAAGACCUGGAUGAUGAUAAAGAUUCACAACUUUCUGAAGAUAUUCCAUAUGAGCAUGAAGCAGAUGAUUACAUUCCUUCUCUUGACAAGACUAUUGGUGAUGAAUUCUUACAUCGGGUGUCAGGUAUGUGUAAGGAUAUAAAUGAUGAGGCUGAAACUGAUGAGGUUGAAACCAAGAAUGGAGAUGACAAACCAGUGUACCCUAUCCAUAAUGAGAACCAGAAAUGGGACAAAAUGGUGCCAAUUCUAGGUAUGAGAUUCUCUAACCCCAUGGAAUUGAAAAAUUGUUUGACUAACUAUGCAGUGAAGAAUGGGUACAACCUUUAUUUUGAGAAAAAUGAUAGUCAGAGGUUAUUAGUGAGAUGUUGUAAAGAGAACAAGAACCCCUCUUGUCCUUUUAGACUGUGGGCUUCCUGGAUGAGCAGUGAAAGGUCUUUCCAAAUUAAGUCAUUAGUUGAUGAACAUAACUGUUCAAGAGUCUUCAAACUUGGUUCCAUUGUAACAUAUAAAUGGAUUGGAAUGCAUUUUAAGAAUCAACUUCUGAAGAACCCUAAAAUGAGCAUAAGGAAAAUGAAGGCCAAAGUGAGUACAAAGUUUAACUUGAUUGUUAGUGUCACUCAAUGUAGAAAUGCUAGGAGAUAUGCUUUGGAUGAGAUAGAGGGUAGUUUGAUAGAACAUUAUGGUAAAGUAUGGAGUUAUGGAGAAGAAAUAAUGAGGACAAAUCCUAGUUCAACAGUAAAGAUAAAUGUGAAUGUCAUGCCUGAUUCCACAACCUACCUUUCUAAAAUGUAUGUUUGUUUUAAGGGUGUGAAGGAUGGUUGGAUUGCAGCAUGUAGGAGGGGUAAUAGGGGUAGGAGGGGUAUAUGUAGAGGCCAACUGUUAGCAGCUAUGGGUAGGGAUGCAAACAACCACAUCUUCCCUAUUGCAUGGGCUGUGGUGGAAGUUGAAAAUAAGGAAACAUGGAAGUGGUUUCUUGACCUCCUUCUGGAUGACAUUGAAAUGGGAAUUGGUCAUGGAUUGACCCUCAUAUCAGACCAACACAAGGGAUUAAUAGAGGCUGUCAAAGAAAGGGUUCCAGCAGCAGAGCAUAGACAAUGUGCUAGGCACAUCUAUGCUAACUUCAAGAAAAGUUUCAAAGGUGAACAAUAUAGGAAGUUGUUUUGGGCAGCAGCUGCUAGUACUACUCAACCAAAAUUUGAGGCAGAAAUGAAUUCCAUAAAAAAAUUGAUCCUUUGGCUUAUGAACACCUCAUGGAAAGGGACCCUAAAAGUUGGUGCAGGGCAUUCUUUGAAGUGGACAGGGCUUGUGAUGCUUAUGAGAAUGGCAUAUCAGAAAGUUUCAACUCUAUUUUGGGGUGUUAUACCAUCUGGGAUACAACAAUAUGAAGUUAGGAUUGGAAAUGAUGGAUAUGCUGUGGACCUUAACAACAACACAUGUGGAUGUAGAUCUUGGCAAGUAUCAGGUAUCCCAUGUGUGCAUGCAGUGGCAGCCAUUUCAUACCUUAACAGGAAUGUAGAGGAUUAUGUUGCACCAUGGUUCCAUACAGCCAUGUUCUUGACUUGUUACAACCAUACCAUUAACCCACUUAAUGGUAGUUCCAUGUGGCCUGAAGCUCCCUACAUGAAGCCAUUGCCUCCUCAAAAAAGAAGGUUACCAGGAAGGCCAACCCUUAAAAGGAAAAAAGAUCAAUCUGAGAUGGAAAGCAAGGGGAAAACAAGGCAUACUAUCUCAAAAGCAGGUUCAGUUAAUAGAUGCAGUAUUUGUAGAGAAAGGGGCCACAAUAGAUCAACAUGUCCUACUAGACCAGCAGAUGUAGCAUCCACUUCAAGGCCAAAAAACAAGAAACCUAAAAAAUGUAAAAAAGAGAAAGGUAAAGUGGAACCAAUUCAAGUGGAUCCAGUUCAAGCAGAUCUAGUGGAUCCAGUUCAAGUACCAGCUCUACAGGUUGAUCCAGUUCAAGCAGAUCCAGUAGAUCCAGUUGAUGUACCAGCUCCACAUGUUGAACCAGUUCAAGUAGAUGAUCCACAUCCAGAUGUUGAUGUCCCUGCUCAACCAGUUGCAACUAGGUAGAGGAUACGAAAAUACUCAGAAAGAAUUACCAAGAUAGGGUUGAGGAAGAAGGUUUUGAAGAAAGAAGGAAGCACUGGACACAACCCAAUGGUGUUGGAAUGAUUUUAUUUGGAAAGACAAACUUUUAGUCUUAUAAAUAUGUAAUUGGGAUAUUAGGACAACUGUGGGCACAUGGCACAUCUUUUGACAUAUUAGGACAACUGUGGGCACAACUUUUGUAAUAGUGCACAUGAUGAUGGAAU